AUGAAUUUGAUAGUACUAGUUGAGUUUGGCCUAAUCCAAGCCAGAUUUGAAGAUAGCAGAGGUUGUGCAUUUCGAGGGUGGCUAGAAUGUGGUUGGCCAUUCGAUUCAAUUUGGAUUGAUAAUGGGUUUAGAGAUGUGAGAGACCUGGGUAAUAGGUUUGAUAGCUGGGAUUGUAUUGGGACCGUGACCCUGGUUGGGACCGGGCCAGUUGCUGCCCCGGGGUCAGAACCGGGGCAGGGGGGUCCGGGGUUCAAAUCCUCCCUUAUGCAGACGUGGGUUCCAGUCCUUGUCAAGGCAGACAGGGUUAAAGAGCGGACGUGGGUUCAAACCCUUCAGUGUGAGGUACUGGGUUCCAGUCUCCACGGUGAUAUGGAAAAGGCUGGCUCAGGAAGUUUUCAAGGUGAUUUACCUGGCACUAUGAGUGUGUUGAAUAUGGAAUUCUAUGAUUGUGAUACUAGAGUCUUUUUAGUUUGGUGGAGAGUAAUAGCACAUUUUGUCACUAGUAGUAUGUUUUUCAAGGUGAUUUACCUGGCACUUGUGUUGAAUACGGAGUUCUAUGAUUGUGAUAUUAGGGUCUUUUCAGUUUGGUGGAGAGCAAUAGCACAUGCGGGGACAUGCUUCAGCGUGGGUGUUAGGGGGGUGAUCAUUGUGUUCUUGAUAAGGGUGGACAUGGUGUACCCCUUGAUUACUAGUGGUGGGGCUUGUAAGGAUGAUGGUUGGCAAUUCCAAUUCACGUGGCCGGGAUUUGGUCCAUGGUUGAUGAUAUAUGAUGAAUAG